AUGGCCGAGAACUUUUCUCUAUGUCUGCUCCGACCCCCUCCACCUCCCGAAGACGAUCCUCUGAUGUUCGAUCAUCUGAUUAAUUCGAUUGCCAUCCCUUUAGUCUGCAUUCCCGGUGUUUUUGCUACAAUCAUUUGCAUGGUCGUCUUCAGCCGUCCUCAGAUGAGAUCAACUUUGAAUGUGUAUCUGGCGGGGCUCUCCCUCUUCGACCUCCUUCUCCUCGCCAUGUCCCUUUUAAUUUACCCACCAAUGAGUUUGUGUAUGAGAACCGUAAGUGAUGUCACUUGGGAUGAUGGGAAGUCCUUGUCGUUAUAUUGACUUCAUUUAAUGGACAUAGUUUACAGUCAAUUAGGUUUGGGAAAACAACAUGGGAUGACGGUACUCUUAAAACAACUAGGGUUUCCUUAUGUAUCUAUUUCCGUAGAUGUAUGCAUACUACUAUAUUAGGGAUAAUCGGCAAUUUUCCCGGAAUUUUGAAGUUUCUUUUCUCUUUGCAAAUGAAUUUCUUCAAGAAUAAUAUCGCGGAAAAUUUGAGUAAAACUUUUGGAGAACAUUGACUACCAGAAUGAUUAACCAUCAAUUGUAAAAAGCCCGGAAGAAAUUGGCCUCAGAGCAUGCAUUUGUGGAUGAUACCGUAAACGAGGGGAUUAAAAGCGGGAAGAAUUGUCAUCGAAAUGAGGAAGAAAUACGGAAAAUAAGUAGGAAUUCUGAUGUUUGCACCCUCUCCAUUACUUCGAAUAUUUUUGCAGGGAAAUCUGAGCAUCUGCCAUUUCUUUUGGAGGACUGCUUUGGUGACUUUCCCCAUCUCUUUGGCCAGUCAAACCGCCAGUGUUUGGACAUGUGUGGCCAUUACGGUGGAUCGGUUUAUGGCCGUCCAAUAUCCACUCAAAACUCGGAUUGUAUGCACACCGAACAAGGUACGAAGAUGUUUUCAAAUAACAAUAUAAGGAAGGUGCGAUCCGCAAUUUUUCAUCUUGAAUGGCAAAAGGCCCGAUUCUUGGCUGGAGAGACAUUGAAAUGCGAAAUUCUUGACUCAUAUUGCGGAACAUUGCGCAAAUUUUUGCUCUCUUCCGUGAAGAUUUUUUUCUCUGCUCAAGAAUUUCACUAUUGUUGUCUAGAGGGCCAGACAAGAAAUCUGGGUUUUCUGCGAGAAGGUCCAAGAAACUGCAGAACGCACGCACCUUACAUAUUAGACCGAAGUCAUGGUGUUCCGAAAAAGCGUCGAGGCUUUUCUUUUAUCUCCUCUACUAUGUAAAGGCGAUGUAAUAACUCAUCUCAUGCAGUAGUGUUGCGCAUGAUGUGAUGUGAAUUAUGGAAAUGUUUUUUUAUUCCAGGCGGCCCUUAUUCUAAUUAUAAUUGCGAGUCUGAGUUUCCUCUACAAAAUGCCUUCCGUUUUCGAAGUUCGUCUCAAUGAAUGUGGCCGUCUCGAGGCUUCGGAGCUCCGAAAAAACGAAUUAUAUAUAACCAUCUACAACACAUACGGCUAUCUUUUGCUGCUGAUUGCCAUCCCUUGGUCGAUCAUGAUCAUCUUUAAUGUAAUUGUAGUCCGGGCCGUGCAUCAAGCAUACCAUAAACGACAAAGUCUAACAAAAAGUAAGGGUCGAGUGGACGAUAAAGAAAGGAGAUGCACCAUUAUGGCCUUGGUUAUGCUAAGCACAUUCAUCUUGUUCAAUCUCCUGGCAGGGGUCAACAAUAUUGUGGAGGCAUUCUUCAAAGAUUACGAGGAUUAUUAUCGAGAAAGAAUAUCAGUCGGAAACUUGUUGGUCUGCAUCAACAGGUGAGAUCGAUAUUACCUCAAGACUACGACGUAAAAAAUAUCAGUAAUCCGUGAUGAUUUUAGCGCUUCAAACAUCCUGAUUUACUCGAUUUUUGGGCGUAAAUUCCGUCGUAUCUGCAUGAAGAUGUUCUGUCCUUGCAUGGACACCAGAGGUUAUCUUUGGCUAGCCCCGACCAUGGCCAAUCCAAGCGAACAUGAAUAUAGAAAAGUAAGUCAUCGGUUAGUUGCAACAAUCAUUAUCCAUUUAGAAUAGCUCUCCUUCUCGACGUGGAAGUAGUCUUAGAAGCACAACCAAAAAGACGAUAACUGAGACUGAACUGGUUCAGAAACCCUCCCAUCUUCCGUCUGGACUAGCCAUAUGA